AUGAAAGCCUUCUCCGUUUUCUCGCUCCCGUUGCGCCGGCUCACUACUCGACCACCAUGGACUUGCUCCAGCUGUCGCGCCGGCCCAUUGGUACAACCUAGCAGGACGACCCAGCAGAGGUUCGGCAACACUAUUAAUCGCGGAUUCUCGUCGACAUCCUCGAAAGCCUCAGCCGGAAGGGCGCCACCGAAGGGCGGCCGGAGGGGCGGUGUCCUGCUUCUUGCCUCCGGCGGUGGUGCAGCGGCGGCGGGCGUGCUUGCGUUUACGGACGACAUUAAGUACGGUUACGAUGCAGCAGAGCGUGCUGGCAGAGUCGCCGCUGCUCUUGCUGUUUGCAUCAACGACUACCGAACGACCCUUAACCAACGAGAAAAGACAGAAGACGCCGAACUACAAUCGAAACUACUGAAAGACUGCCAUCAACGAUGCGCUGACCGGACACUUAAGGUUCUGGAGAAGAAUGGUGGCAUCUUCAUCAAGCUGGGCCAGCACCUGAGUGCGAUGAACUACCUCCUUCCGCCUGAGUGGACAAAUACCUUUAUUCCCCUACAAGACAAGUGCCCGGUAUCUUCAUUCGAGUCGAUCGAGCAAAUGUUCAGGACAGAUACUGGCAAUGAACUAUGGGACUACUUCUCCGAGUUUUCGAACGAGCCAAUUGGUGCCGCCUCCUUGGCACAGGUGCACACUGCGACUGUCAAGGAAACGGGCAAAAAAGUGGCGGUCAAAGUUCAGCAUCCCGGUCUCGGCCAGUGGUCUUCUCUCGAUCUGGCCCUAACGCGAUUCACAUUCUCGACACUUAAGCGCUUCUUCCCUGAAUACGACCUUGAAUGGCUGUCCUCCGAGAUGGAUGUGUCCUUGCCGAAGGAACUGGACUUCAGAGAGGAGGCACACAACGCCAACCGAACAAAGGAGCAUUUCGCUCAGCUUCCGGAGCACCCCCUUGUGAUUCCCGACGUUCUAUGGGCAAAGCAGCGCAUUCUGGUCAUGGACCGAGUGUCGGGCCACCGCUUGGAUGAUCUCGAGUAUCUUGAUGCCAAUGGCAUUGACCGGGAUGAGGUCUCAGCUUGUCUCGCUCGCAUCUUCAAUGAGAUGAUCUUUGGUAACAACGCUCCCCUGCAUUGUGAUCCUCACGGUGGCAACCUGGCUAUUCGCAAAAACGAGUCCCGUCGCGGCCUCCGUGGCGGCCACAACUUCGACAUCAUUCUCUACGAUCACGGCCUCUACCGCGACAUCCCGAGGGACCUCCAGCGGUCCUAUGCAAAGAUGUGGCUCGCCGUCAUUGACGGCGACAUGAAGCGUAUGCGUAAAUAUGCCAAAGAGGUUGCCAACAUCAACGAUGACCAAUUCCCCCUAUUCGCAUCUGCCAUCACUGGUCGCGACUGGAGCGUUUUGAACAGCGAGGGCUCAGUCCUCCAGACACGCACCCCUGACGAGAAGAAGGAAAUGGGCGAUGCCCUUCAGGAGGGUCUGCUUGCCGAUCUCGUAAAGUUGCUUGGCCAGGUGCCCCGCAUCAUUCUCCUGAUUCUCAAGACCAACGACCUCACGCGCAGUCUCGACGAGAAUCUGCACACCCGCCAAGGACCCAUUCGCUCCUUUAUGAUCCUCGCGCGAUACUGCACGCGGACGGUGUUUGAGGAGCAGUUGGAAGAUUUGAGGCAGCGCGGUUCGCUGUUUUGGCCGCCUAAUGCAUUCCGGCUGGUCUCGGCUUGGGUUGGUUUCCUGAGAGUCGAGUUCAAGCUCGGGGCGUUUGAACUGUGGCUCAGCGUUAAGAGGGCCUUUGGGCUCAAGGGCGUAGAGUUCUCUGCCCCAGGCAUGUGA